AUGAUCAACCGUCCUCCUUCCUGUACAUCAGUUUGUCCAUCGAAUGCAGCUAAGUCUCCGAUCGCCUUAUCAUAUUUGCCGUCAUCUGCCCCAUAUAUCCAACAAAGCUCCCUUCGGCCAUCAGAAGAGCACAUGCAAAUACAAUCAACCAGUACCCUAAUAGGGCCACCUUCACAGCUUGAUGCAGCUGCCCAACAGCCCCUUUUGCCAUUGACAACAUCCAUGUUUUCAAAGCCUACUUCUAAGAAUGAACGUCCACUGUGCAGGCCAGAAUGUAAAGCUCAUUUGCUCUCAACAGAUGAUUACGAAAUACCAAUUCAUGGCCAAACAGAUCCACAUCGUAGUAUGACUUUGCUUCCUUCUGAACAUAGACAUCCAAUGGUGAAUGCUUCUCUCUAUUCAGAUUCACCAGGCUCUAUUUUGGACAUUGCUACCAGCAAACAGCAACAUAAGUUUUCCACAAAUUUCUAUGCCCCGGUCCCUACCCUUCCAUCUAUUUCCCACUAUCCUCAUCCUCCUUCUCCAUAUUCAUCACAUUCGCCCCAUCUUUCUCAACCUUCCAAUUCCCCUAAUUCUCCCCAUCCUUCUCACUCUCCACACUCUAUUCUUCCUUCUCAUUCGCCUUUUUCUCAAAAGAAUUACCGUGGAUUGACACCGAAUCAACAUGGAAAAUAUGACAAUCUUCAAACGCAGUUUUCUCAACCUCACAUUUAUACAGAGAAGCUGCCCCGUGACUUAUGUCCAGCUAGCCGUCAGAAGCACACAUUUUACUCUCAACCUCCCCAUGACUACGUUACACCACCACCAGCAUUACCGAAUUCAGCAAAAAUGGUCAAAACUUCAUCGGCUUUAGAACCAAUUAUUCCAGUCAGCAGGAGUCUUGGUCAUGUGUAUGACACUCUCGAACAAAAACCAGUUUAUUCCAACCUGCGAGACACCCAUAUCCAUUCAAACAAACACUCGAGAGAUCACCAGCAUCCCUUCAUAGAGCAUAAUCAUGGAUCAGGCCCCAUUAAUGGGCCAAUAAAUAGUGGUAGGCAAGGCUCCUUAAACGCAGAUUCGGGAGUCAGAUCAAAUAGUCCACCACUUGACUUUGCUGAGGCAGUUACCACACUGGUUGAUCAAGUCAACAUGUUGGUGGAAAGGAACCGGCGGGAGCGCAUACUAGGCCGCAGCAUUAAGGACUCAGAACUUGACAGCAUGUCAGUCUAUCGGGCUAGAUUACGCCAGAAAACGCGAAUGCGCUAUCAUGCAGCCGCAGCUGCGAACUCGGCUGCCCGUCGUCUUCUCUCCAUCGAUCCAACACAGCAUCAAUACCAUCCAUUCUAUAGGUCAUUUGGCCAACAGAGCAGUAGCACUGGUGGGAAUUUCCACGCAUUCCCGCCUGCCGGCCGACCAUUGCAUCGUGGACAAAGUGGACUCAGCCGGAAGGUGGUCGGAAGUGGAGCGGCAGCUCUUUUGCGUGCCCCUGCUGACACCAGCUCGACAAGCACUUAUGAAGAAGCCUCUCUGCUCUCCACCGAUAAUUCGGCUCCUAGAACCGAACUCCUACAUGACGGCUUCGCUGCUAGACGCCGUGAUGCUGCUGAUCCCCAGGGUAUAUCCUCCGUUUGUACGGGAUCCGACCUAGCACAGCCUAGCGUGAGUACCUCAGCAACCAUUUGUACAGCAAGGUAUGCAAGCAACGGGAGAGGCUGUCGCUCUGUUAAGGGCGACCUCGCUAGCAUUGCCAACUCUUCAAUCUCAUCGCUAAAUCCGCCAACUGGCCUGUCCGGAGUGCCACUGGGCUAUAGCAUCCGGGCGGGUGAUGCUGAAAAUUUGAGUAGUCUUCCAGAAAUAACCUCCCGCAGUCUAACUGGAUCCCUUUCGUUAAUGAGCAUUUCUUCGAAUACACACCUUGAUGAUAAGAGAGGUACCCGUAAGUCACUGGAUUCUCUGGGCGAAAACUUGCCUUACAUCCCACCUGAAAAGACUCCCACUAAAGACAUGAACUCUCUCUCCUAUAAUAAGGGGUCGCUGCCUACCGGAUGUGUGCAUGAUGAUGUUCGCUACCCCCAGAAAUAUCUCCAGCCACAUUUGCGCCAUUCAAAUUAUCCCAUCCAAAGUAUCCCUUACGAACACUGCAAUUGUCAACACUCACAACAACCGAAUACUAGAACGCAUCGUCUCUCCUCGGAAAGCAUGGCUAGACCACAGCUACAAGGAUCAUUGCCUUCAAUCAACAGGGUCGAAGUCGACCCUCCAGAGUUUGGCCGAAAACGACUUAGAUCAGAUUUGAGCUGUUCUGACCAAGUUGAUGGAUCUACCAGGGCAUUUGGGUAUCACGAAAGCAGGCAAUACUGUGAACUGGCAGGUCCCCCUCGACACCCAGAAGGAGGCCAACUUAUUGGAGCAUCCCGGAGCCUGGUGAACGUGUGGAAUUGUCACGACGUCGAAACUCAACUUAAAUCAAGAGUUUCCGAUGGCACAGCCUUGGAUGAUAGAAACUUUCUUUAUGCUUGCCCUUCACAGAUGUCAGGAAGGGAACGAAUCGGAUGCGCGAGUUCUGACAAAUUGAUCUGCAAGCCAUUCAGGUCCGCUACGAGCUCAGAAAGUCUGGAACGAGAAAAUGUCGGUAAUGCGGCCAAAGUUCACGAGGAAGGCUCAACGUCAGUGGCAUUUUAUGCUAUUCCUCCACCACAGAAACCAUUCUACUCCCCAUAUUCAGCCCGUUCUAGCAGCUAA